CAUCAACCUCAAUGAUUGGAAUCAUAUUUCAUCCGUUACUUUCUAUUGGGUCUCUCUAGAAGUUCUUUAGACGCUGGGAAGCGGCGAUUCAAUAAGCAAGAAACCUGGAUAGCCGCUCAAAUUUCUUCCGGUGUUGAAUCGCAGGUUCCAAAUUAAGGACUCCAAACCCGUUAAGAGGAUUUUAGCAGGGGGAGAUUGGUUGGCGGCUAGGUCAUCAAAUGUCGGAGGGUUUAUUUGGUUUUUUCGGGUCAUCAGAUUACGUGUUUGUCUUUAAUGUUUUUAAUUUUUGAUGGGUUCUACAUUUAGCUUUCCUUUUCACUAAUGUUUUGUUUCUGGCCUAUCACCGUGGCCAAAUCUUGGUAGGUGCCGCUUCUAUUUUCUCCUCUUCUGGGUUGAAUUCCAAUUUGGUGGUCCAUAGACUUUGCUAAUAUUUGUUUAUCCUUGAUUUGGAUUUGUAACUAAAAGAUUCAUUUCUUCCUGUUUUUGUCUUUGGGUAUUCAAAAAGAUCUGAUUUUUAGUGUUGAUGAAAUGAAGAAUCUGUGUACAGGCCAUUAUGGACUAAAAGUUCAAUAGAAACUGAGUUUUGCAUCUUCUUAUCAAUUCCACAAGUUUAGAGUUUGUUAUUUUGGGUCAAGCCCAUUCUUUUCUUUACUUCAACAUACCAGAAACAAGAUCUGCAUUUCAUUUCAUGCCUAAUUUUAUAAUUAAAAUUAAAUUUCUUCCAGAUUUCAUCUAUGGGUAUUAAAAAGAUCUGAUUUCUGUUAAAAAAAGAUUUGUUCUUUAGAGCUGAUGACAUAAAAAAAUCUGUAGUGAAGAGUGCAGGCAAGAACAGAUAGAGAAGGAUAGAGCCAAGGAGAAAAGUUUGAAUCUUUCUGCAUACAUGAAAGCCAUGAGGAAGAAAGAUCACAAAAGAUCAAAGGUACGAUUAUAUUUUGGGAAAAAGGUGCUUUGGCCAGCGAAUCUUCUUCUUCUUUCAACUGGAAGGUGGCGAUCACGGCCAGAAGUCUUAUUUUUUCUAUUGAGCUGACAUCAAGGGGCAAUCAACAUGUCCGUGGCGCAUUUGUCAACGCCUCCACUGGUUUGGACUAAAGACAAUGCACUAUCUUUUUGCAAAUGAGCAAAUAAGUUAUGGCUGGUGUGCCACUAGAGAUGUGAUUGUUCAGAAUCGGAGAACUCCAAUAAUGCCCACGCUAUGUACCGACCAUAAGAACGAUUUUCAGCUGUCACUUCUACUCUAGAACUAUGGUUGUAGGUUUUCAUAUAAGACGGUGCAGGGGCUGGGUCACUUUCUUCAUUGUUUUCUAAUGAACCAUUUUAAAAAUUUCAGGCCACAAAUCACUGGAAAGGCACACGUGAUCUGCAUUGAAGCAAAACUGCACAAAUGAAUUCUACCUGGGCAUCCCACGCAUGAUCUUAUCAUAUUAGUGGGACUAUAGCUUGGCUUGACUUUUUCACUAAUCUCCCACUGAAGGUAAUCUUGAUAUCUUCUUUGUUUUUUUAUUAGUAUUAUUACUUGGAAUUAUUGUGCAAUAUUGCUGGGUUCCAGCAUAUGAUCACUGGUUGCUAGGAGCCUAAAAAUUUUGUCUAAAGUAUUUAUAUAAAUGACGCUUUUUCCACUGCAAAUGUUAGUUACCACUUCACACUAUAGAAUAUGCAUCCAUCUCAAACAUGUCAUCUCCAGCACAUUAGUGACUAUCAAAUGCCUUUACGCAAGCAUGGGUAUUUGAGCAAACACACCUAUGGAAACUUAAGUCUUAAAGUAAGAAAAAAUUCCAAAUUCUAAAGCCUGAUGGCACUUCUUAUGGGGUUAAAUGAUGCAUGCGAUGAGUUUUUUGAUGUACCUGAGCCAUUACAUUUGGAUCAAUCAGAUAAUGCUUGGCCAUCUGACUUUGUGCUGGAGAUGUCCUCUCAGGAUACACGGCAUACAAAAGUGUCACUUGCUGCUGUUUUGGUGAAGAAAGUGCAUGUUAUUGCAGAUGGAGCGAAACAGAUCCCUCCACUUCUCUAAUACGCGGAGAAAAUUUAGAUGAUCGUCAGAAGCAAGAGGCACGAUGAUGCAAAUGGUCGGUGAAGAUUGGUUGAAAUCGGAUAAACAGGAAGAUGAUCGUGAUGGUUGGGAGGGGAGCAUUGUUCAGUUUUUUCCAAAUAUCAAUGGGUAUUCACAUUUCAUCCUACAUUUUUUUUAAUAUAAUGAUCCGGUUAACUUCGAAAUGGUUUUGAGAAUCCAAUUCCAAGGUCAUCUAUGAGGUUGGUGUGUAUUACCUUUAUGCUGUAAAAAUAUGCUGCAAAGCGUGGGCUGGACUUCUUCUUCAUUCUUCACAUACAAGUGAAAAUUUAGUUUGUUGUACACAUUCUUCUCUUCUUUUAAUAGCAUUCUAAAAAUAAAAUUGUGAAUUCUGACAAUCAAGCUCCCGGAUCAACAACAUAUAGUCUUGCUUUAUACUAUAUGAUGGAUACUCCUCAAAAAGAUACACCUUUGCUUAAAAGCUUUGUAAAAGGGGAUGAUGCUUAUAGGAAUUCAAGGU